UUAAUUUAUUUUCGCUAUCUUCUUCUCUUCCUUGGUUGACGACGACGCCAACACGUCAAUCCAUCCCUCAAUCCCGAAGCCUGCUCUGACUCGAGCAUCGCUGAAUCUCGCCUUCGGUUAACCGCCAGGCCGUGAGACGCUCAAACAUAUCUUCUUCGCUGCCCCCCUCCUCUUCUGACUCGAAUCCCCCCCUUGGACGGCUUGCUUGUUUUCUCUUCUCCAGCAACGAUCAUCACCGUCCCGUCUGCAGAUCUGUUACCAUAACAAUGGCCUCCUAACCUUGCGUCCUGCCUCCGUUCUUGCUCUCCUUCUGUCCCUGUGAAGGAGACCGCGACGACAUGCUUCGAUACCACCCCAGACUGAUGGUGACGACCACAACCCCUCUUGCACCACCGAGAUUUUCCUGCCGUUAUGGAUCCUCAUCAGCAUCGCCAGCCCUCGCCUCUCCAUACCGAUAACAGUCCUAGCUUCGCUUCCUUUCCCUCGCGAACCGCGAGUAGCACACCGAUAUCUUCUCCCGGUCUCUUCAGUCCGGCUAACCCUCGCUCCCAUUCCCUUACUCAUUCCGCCUCCGAUGCGUCCACGCCCGCGGCCCUCGCCAGUCCCUACCUGCAUCCUUUGCAGAACCAUAGAGUCCGAGAGACCCACAAAGCUCUAGUCGACCUAGAUUCGGAGACGGGACGUAAGAUCAUCAACCAGUAUGCGGUGAUCGAAGAACUCGGCCGCGGCGUGCACGGCAAGGUGAAGCUGGCCCGAAACCUAGAGACCGGUGAAAAUGUUGCAAUCAAGAUCAUCCCCCGAUUCUCCAAGAAACGUCGCUUGGGCAAGGUUACCGCGUCUCCCCAAGACAAGACGAAGAGAGAAAUUGCCAUCCUCAAGAAGAUCCGACACCCCAACGUCGUCGCCCUCCUCGAGAUCAUCGACGACCCGGAGUUCAAGAAGAUCUACAUGGUUCUGGAGCAUGUCGAGCUCGGAGAGAUCGUCUGGCGGAAGAAGGGCCUCCCGAAUAUCUGCAAUAUCGAGAGGAGAAGGGUCGAGAAGGAGAUGCGCGGGGAGCUGAACACCGAGGAAGAAGAGCGCUAUCUCCAGCUCCUCGGGCGACGACAGGUCCUGAACGAUAUGAAGCGAGCGAAGAUGCAGCAGGCCCACAGAGGCCCGGAGGACUACUGGAGCAUCGAGUUCGGCGCGGCCAACGACGACGAGCCCGAGUAUCAGCCGCAUUCUUUAGGCGUAACCGACGGGUUCAUGCGAUUGCCCAGAGUGACCUCGUCGUCUUCGAGGUUCGGAUCGGGCGCGCCGUCGCCAAGCCUUUCGCGCGCCCAAUCUACGCUGACGGGUUCGCGUGCGAGUACCCCCCUCCCCUCGGAAUACGACGUCUCAUCAAUCGGGUUCAAUAACGACGGCGAGAGCGAGAUAGAAACCCCUGGGCCCGUGCGUUCCCUGCCUGGAUCCUCGAUCGCCCUGGACAAGACGUUUACCAGCAUGUGUCCCGAGGAGGCCAUGCUACGCGGCCGGUCUCCGAGCAUGGCGGACUCGAUCAUCUCCCACAUGUCAUCCAUCGAUUAUAAUCCCCAACCGCAUGAUCCCUUUGCGGACGACUUCUCCUACGUCCCUUGCUUCACGAUCGAUAGCGCCCGUGCUACGUUCCGUGAUACCGUGCUGGGCUUGGAGUACCUGCACUACGAAGGCGUGGUCCAUCGUGAUAUAAAGCCCGCCAAUCUCUUAUGGACCAGGGACCAUAGGGUGAAGAUAUCCGAUUUCGGUGUUUCCUACUUUGGUCGGCCCAUCCGCGAGGGCGAAACCGACGAGGUCGUAUCCGAGUCCGAGGCCCGCGACUUCGAUGACGAUCUCGAACUAGCCAAGACUGUUGGCACGCCCGCUUUCUUCGCGCCCGAGUUGUGUUACACGGACUCAAUUGAGGAGCAUCCUAAGAUCUCGGAGCAAAUCGACGUGUGGUCGCUAGGAGUAACUCUUUACUGCUUGAUAUUUGCUCGCAUCCCGUUCAUGGGCGAGGACGAGUACCAAAUGUUCAAGAAGAUUGCCAAGGAGGAUGUAUACAUCCCACGUCGCCGACUUCGGCCCGUCGACCCGCAGCAUUCCCCGUCUUCGACGUCCUUGUACAAGCGCGUUAGCAGUGCGCCAUACCGCGAUGACAAUACUCUUGCUUACGAAGAGGUUGACGAUCUAUUAUAUGACCUCCUCCGUCGCAUGCUGACUAAGAAUCCCGAGAAGAGGAUCAGGCUCAGAGAAGUGAAGCGCCAUCCGUGGGUUGUACAGGGCAUUCCCAACCUUCUCGCCUGGAUCGACGAGACGGACCCAUCGCGCCGCACCUCCGGCCGCAAGAUUGAGGUUGACGAACGGGAGAUCACGCGUGCUGUCGUCCCGCUUACGUUUCUCGAGAGAGCUCGCUCUGUCGUGAAGAAGGCGGUUGGGAAGGUGAUGCACCCGCGGGCGGAAAGAGUAGAUGCCCCCUCGAGGAAGAGAGCGACCAGCAGCGCUGCUAGCUCUGCGGAAGACAGCUCUCCAAUCGUAACAUCGGCAAUGCAUAUACGGGAUGCCCGACGAAGGAGCAUACGGCCUGAGGAUUUUUUCGCUACCGUUAAAGAGUUUGACCACCCUCUUUCACAAAGCGUCACUGCAACGCCUCAGGAGUCCCCGGUCCAUGACGGGCCCGGUCCUGCUCAGUAUGCUACGACAUCGGUAGGCGGAGAUUUCAGACGUAGUACGAGCGGCUCGAUCCACGAUUUUAACGCGCAUCCAGGUCCGGCCGGGCCGUCGCCGCCGUCGACUUCCUUAUCCUCGGGCAAGGGCCACAUAACCAGCCGCCACAUCCGACCCAGGUCGAUUACCAACGCCAUCCUGGCACUCAGUCAUGGGAAGGAAUCAUACACGACACCGGCUUCUCCCGCCCUCGAAACCUGCGUCAGGGACGAUCCGAUCGCUUCUCUGAGGAAAGCCCGAGAUAUAGGGAUUGUCGACGAAGCCUCUCGUUCCCGAUCGGUAGACCGCGGGCUAUUUGGCAACAGCGAUAAGCGAGCUGAAGCUAAGGUUGCUUUGAGCAUGGCUGUAGCCCCUGGGAGCUUAGAGCUUCCCAAACGCCCACUCUCGGUUAACCCACCGGAAUCCAAACCCUACUCUUCCUACCGGAGACCCACCCUACCGUCUCCCAUCUUGUUCUCUUCCCGAGCAGUUCAUGCUUAUCAACAUGGCCAACCGAACUCGGACCCCAAUAUGCACGAGACCCACAUGAGCACGGUAGACCUUGCCGAGCGACCUAUGACGGCACAUCGAGCUUCGCAGAUGGAAGACAACAUCAUCCCAUCGAGAAGAGCUCACAAGUCGUCCGUUUCAGAGUCUUUUACACGGGAUCACGAGCAAGUGGUUCGCCAACAUCAUCGAGAGGCUGAGGAGCAAGCGGGGCACAGAGACCCACGAGUUGACCGCGGGAGAGAUGUUACUACUUCGGAGCCCUGCCCUCCUUCUCCGGAUAGCCUAAUGCUGGAACACCCCCAGCGACGGUCGAGGGAGGAUACCGUCAGCACUGCGACCACCUCAGCUUCGGCCUCGACAGGUACAAUCAUGACACCGCUAACUAGCCCUUGCGAGUCAACGAGUCCUAUAAGCCUAACGAAUAUAGGGGAUCGCCAUGGUGACAUGCAGAUGUUCUGCUCUGAUCCAUCUCUGCCAGCGUUGCUCAGUGGCGCCAGCUCAGUAUCCGCCGACGCCGAGGGUGACUUUCUCCUCAAACCCGGCUCUUUUGAGCGCCCUUCCCUCAUAGACACGACGGAUUCCCUCACCCCACCAGCUCUUACCAAAGAAUCGAGGUCGCGUUUCCCCAUCGACGGCGACGGGCGAUUUCAGACACUGCUGUUCCCUCGGCCACACCACUCCCUGACUCCAUCGUCUCACACCACGAAGGCAAUCGAUGAUGACGAAGGGAGCGAUUCGGACGAGGGCCUCGUCAUGAAGCCCAAGAAACGGGGGCCGACAACUAGGGAUAAUAACGGCUCGCCACUGGGCAGAACGUUAUCGCCCGCUAAGAGGCGUGAUACUCAAACGAGUAUCGGCAGCACAGAGACGGCCAAGAAGAUUGCGAUAUGAAGCUGCAGCAGGAGGGAUCCGUGCGAAUGCGAUCUUCAACUUGUCGUUAUCUACGAUUUAUACUGGGAUAGGCGAUUGUUCGCUGACCAGAGAUAUACCACCAAUAUAUUCGUCGUCGGCUCCCUUCCACGCACAAAACAGUUAUAAGACCGCUGCCGGGUGCAGUAUGCGAUCCGCAAAGUCGACCGCAGCACACGUGGCUCAAUCGGGAUAUGUU